AUGGAAACUAUCUGGCAAGAAAUUAGUCAAGAAGAAGAGCUAGCAGAACAGCUGGAUGAUGAGAUUGGCAAAGCUACGUUACUGAUACAAAACGAACUUUCGGAAUUUGCCAUACAUUGGUGCAUGAUUAUUGAUGGAACUAGUGUUCUCAUUCUGUUAAUAGUGCUAAUUAUUGUUAAAUUAAAUUGUCAAUUGAUUUGA